GUUCCAGCCUCUACAAGGAGUGCAAGGGUUCGAUGCUGCACCGCCACGUCCUCGUAUCGGUUGCCCACCCAGGCAGCACAACGCCUUCUCGCGAUGCAGUCUGUCGCCGCUACGUAUGGUGUGUUAAUACCCGUACGCCGUCAUCAGCUCGCCGACCACGUCCGGUGCACGAAAACGUGGGCGGCAUGCCGAUGGCCGGUGUUGUUUGCACCACGUAGCGCUGCAGAAAGGAGCAUGUGCGCAAUAUGCGGCUCUACACCCGAUGCCUUGGGCGAGAAGGAUUUUUGUGUGCAGAGCUGCUGUGCACUGGAUUGCCGUAGCACCUUCCUAAGACGUUCAAUGCUCUGGUCGAAAAGUAUGAAUCGCCGAGGUCUGGCAAGUCGAGAUUUAUCAAGAGUUGUUGAAACGAAAGUAUUGGGGAGGUUGAUGAUUGGAGCCCUUCGCCAACCUCCUGCUUUGCCUCACUAUCAGCUAUUUAUUCCACCGCGGCGGACACAACCACUACAUGGUCAACUAGACCCCAGUACGCAAGUACGCUGCACUGACUUUCUUCAAGAUAGAGUCCCCCAGGACACCAUCAAGCACCACUCGCUGGCACCGGGCAACCAUCACUGCAAGCGAGCAGCGCAUGGAACUAAGCUGAUGCUCGCAUUUACCACGAGCGGAACAGAGACAAUUGGCUGUAGGCCCGUGACGCGUAGGGUGGUAUCCUCCAAUCUGGCCUUCUGACAAAGUAGAGCAUACAUCGAGUCAAUAGCCGAGAUCUGCCCACACUUGCUGAAGCGCGCGU